AGGCUGGUCACAGUUUGAGCGGUCAGACUGCAGAAGAAGAAGAAGACCGUCGCAGCGCGGUGAAAAGCGGAUCGCUCCCUCUCUCCUUUCUCAUUCGACCUACAGCUCCACGCAGCAGCCGUUUGAUAUCAGUCGGGGAGAAGCAACUCGUAAGAUGUCGGACGAGGGGAAAUUGUUCAUCGGGGGUCUCAGCUUCGAGACCAACGAGGAUUCUUUGGCGGCGGCCUUCGGAAAAUACGGAACCAUCGAAAAGGUGGACGUGAUCAGAGACAAAGAGACGGGAAGAUCUCGCUUCGUGAAAUAUGAUAAUGCUGAAGACGCUAAAGAUGCACUGGACGCCAUGAACGGCAAGACCCUCGAUGGUCGGGCCAUCCGGGUGGAUGAAGCAGGAAAAGGUGGACGAUCCAGGGGAGGGUUCAGCUCACAGCAGCGAGGGGGACGAUUCGGCAGCUCCAGAGGGCGAGGUGGUCGCGGUUACUCAAGAGGAGGUGGCUACAACGGCGGCGAUAGAAACUAUGGAGACCGGAGCUAUGACAGAAGCUAUGGAGGUGGCGAGAGAAGCUAUGGAGGUGGAGAGAGAGGCUAUGGCGGCGGAGACAGGGGCUAUGGAGGUGGAGGAUACAGGAGUGGUGGUGGUGGUGGAGGAGGAUGCCCUCGCUACCAAGAAAGGGCAUACGACCGCACUGGAUACGACAGCUAUGCUGGGCACGAGUAAACAUCUCCCUGAUUCAAGAUCAUCACUUGGCUGGCUGUAUUUCAAAGAUGCGCUCCUCAAGAAAAAUGUCCACGUGUUAUUGCUGACCUUAGUUUUGUAGUUCUGUUGUAGUAGUUCAGCAUCUUAAAAAAAAAAAAAAUUGUAGCCAUGAGUUUUGGUCAUUCCUUAACAAGCCAUGUUGCAAAUUACAGGUCAA